AUGUCCUCGCGCUUCCCCAAUUCAUCCGGGUAUUCUUCCCGCGGAGAUCGUUCACCACCUCAGCGCUAUUCAGAUCGCCGACCUUCAUUACCGCCGGGUCCUCGAGAUGACCCGAACCUGACCCCAUUAGGUCGCGAACCGCCGCGAGGCCCAAAGGCAUUGAUUGAUGCGCCUCGUGGAGGGUACUCCGGCCGCGGUCGAGGCUAUCCACCACGCAAUGACUUUCGCGAUCGAGACCGAGAUAGAGAUCGCGACAGAGACCGUGACCGAGACUUUCGCGAUGGACCACCCUUUCGCAGAGAUGACCGCGAUAGAGAUUGGCCUCGUCGAGAUCGCGUAGAUCGGGAUUUCGAUGCCCGCGACGGUCGUCCGCCUUUUCGCCGGUCGCGAUCACCUCAACCACGCGAUCCGCGAGACUUUAGAGACAAUCGCGACCUUGGACCCCGCGACGGCGACAUUGUGCGCAUGCGGCGCAACUCUAGGGAUAGUCUUGUAUCGAGCUCAUCGAAUCCCGGUGAUGGACCAUCUGAAAUUAGAGAAAUCAGAGAGAUCAGAGGAAAUCAGGGCAUAGGGCAUCCGCCUCCAAUGAGAGGUGGACUCGGGCGCGGUCGUGGUCGCGGUGAUUGGGAAGGUGGUCGCGGACGAGGUCGAGGACACUUUCUAGAUGAUCGCGAGAACUUUCGCCGUCGAAGUAGGUCCCGCGACGGUUGGUGGGAGCGGGAAAGAGAACGGGACUUUAGAGACCGCGACCGCGAGUUUGACCGACGAGAUCGAUUUGAUCGUCGCGAUGACGAACGACGACCAGAUCGAGAUGACCGUGAUCGCCCGAUCGAACCAUGGAAGAAGGAUAUCAUUCCACCUCGGUCAGAGGCUCGUGUUCCCUCCGGCCCAAGAAGCAGUUCCAUUUCACCGGCGGGUCCACUGAAUCCUUCACGACCUGAGCCUAAACCAGAACAAACAGCCGAACCAACUCGCAAACCUUCCGUGGCAGCUCUACCACCCGUAAGAGAUCCUCGCAGGGAUUCAGACCGACCCGACCUUCCAUUGUCGCGCACAGAAAUGCUCAGAGAAUCAAUCGCGCCAAAGGGAUCGCCACCGCCAUCUGCACCCCAGGUUCCUGCUUUUGGAUCUGUUACUCUUCCUCCGAGUCUUCUUUCGAUUGAAAAGUCCUCUUCACAACCUUCAUCUCAGCCACCUUCGCAAGCACCGCCAGUCACAGCAACACCCAACAAGCCCGAACGGAGUCGAGCAGAUAUCAUAUCUUCUGCCACGAAGGAACCUCCCAAAGAAGCUCCGACAGAACCCAAAGCCUACCGCAGUGACAAGGCACAGGUCAGCAUUCCUGCUCCGAAGGAACAUGUUGAAUCCUCUCGCUUGGAUUUACCAAGUCGAGCUUCCAAGCCGGCUCCAACGGGACCCGCAGCCUCCCUCGAGCAACCAAGUCGCGAUGUGUCUCCUCCCACUGCUCCAGCUUCAUUGAAGCGAGACUCGAUUCCAGCAGAGCCUCGAGCUCACCAUGACAAUUCUGCUACCGCUUCUCCCCCGUUAGGUCCCGCAGCUACCUCACCAGUACAAUCGCGGUCACAGUUACCACCCGCAGGUCGUGGUGGCUCUCCCCAGACUUCACCGCGAAUGACGUUUGGCAGUGUUCCCACUGGACCUCGUGCCGGAGUUAGACAGUCUUCUCGCGGUGGCCAUGCAAAAAGUAAGCAGUGGCUCCGUCCUGGAUAUAAUCGUGUUCCUCCGUCAACCACCUCCCUCGGUAACCGGCAGGAGUCACAUGAAGAUGCAGACUUGGACGAAUCAAACCCCGCUGUUGAAGAGAAGAGGCCCCUUGAGGACAAGCAUGACGAAGAACUUCAGCCUGUUGACAAGGUGCUUGAAAAGGUUGAAUCGCACAAAAUCGAAAAAGACAAACCACUUGAUACCGCACCGUCAGUGAAAGCACCAACUGAGGCAGCCAAGAUACAGGAUCAAAGUCUGGAAGCAAAGCAUGAAGGCGAUGGAACUCCUUCUAUACCUGACUUUACACGUUCUAGUGAUGAGGAAGAAGAAGAAGAAAAUAUGAUUUUCACCGAAGACUAUCUUCAAGAUCGAAAGAAUCGCUACGAAACGGACAUGCGCGCUCUGGAAAGCCAAAUACCACUGCCAAUAUUGGAGGAUCCCGUGAUUGUUAACUUGCUCAUGAAAGUUCAGUUGUUGGGCAUGAUGAUUGAUGACAGUGUCCCCGAAGAACCAGAAGCAUCUGUUGUUGAGACUUAUGUGGACGAAAUUUCAAACAAAGCAGUGCCCGCUCCAACCUACAAAGAGGAGAUGGAUGUUGAUGGGACUGUUACUGCCCCGGCAAAGGAAGUCACUCCAGCUGAGGCUGUCAAGAAAGAGACGAUCACUGUUGAUAGUUUGCCGUUCUUGGUCUCUGGUCCUCCCACUCCGAUUUCAGAACUUGACGUUUAUCAAGAGAAUAUCAAGACCCACGAGCGGAUUCAAGAAGCAAUUCGCAACACCGUCGCAAAACAGCGCAAAGAUGCAUCGGAAAAGAACAAACGAUUACGAGAGGAGUAUGCUACGCUAUACAGACCUUGGCGAUUGACUGUACGAGAACUAGACCACAAGAAAGACGAGGAGAGAAAAGAAAGUACGCCCAGUGCAGCCACACCACCUGUGACACCAGCUCCAGCUCCAGCUCCUGAAGGCCGUGAAGGUAGACGAUACAAAGGUAACAGCGAGCUCGAUUUCCAGAACGCGCUCAAAGCAUCUGCAAUUUCUGCCCAGGAAGAGUUUGAGCGUCGUCGUCGGAUGGAGGCCACAGCGCGGCCGGACCUGGACAAAGAGGCUGUCGUGCCGGAUAUGCUUGAAAAGUACGAGAUUGAAGCUGGGAUCUUCAAAGAUACCAACAACAAGAUCGACCCUGCCGAUGCUUUGGUGGUUUAUGGCUUCUAUCCACCACCGGACGACUUUACAGAAGAAGAACACAAGUUGUUUACCGACGCUUUCAUGGCCUAUCCCAAGAAAUGGGGCAAAAUUGCUGAAGAGUUGCCGGGACGUACUUAUGCUCAAUGCAUCAGUCAUUAUUACAUGACCAAGGAGGAAAUCAAGUACAAGGCGAAACUGAACAAGAGGUGGCGAUCCCAGCGACGCGCAAGAAAGUCGACUACGCGACCCAAGUCUAAUGCUCUCAUGUCCGAUUUGAAGGCGGAUGGUGAUGAUGAAGAGAGUGUUCAAAUGACCGAAACCGGACGACCUCGUCGUGCAGCUGCUCCGACGUUUGGAGGUGACUCGACAACCGAAGCUGAAAACUCACGUCGCGGUAAUACCAAGGAGAACGAACAGGGCGAGAAGCCUGCUAGCAGACGUGGUAGAGGUGGUGCUGGUUCGAGAGGAGGAAGAAKAGGUCGAGCUGCUGCACAACAACAGCAACAGCAACCGCAGCAGCCGCCGCCUACGCAGCUUCCCCAGGUACAACCGCAAUCUUUACCACAGCAAACGCAAGCCGUCCAGCCUCCUUUGCACAUACAGGCACAACCACAAACUGCCCCUCCUCAGCAACCUCUUCCGUCUUCAACAGCUCUCGCUCCUGGAGUUCCGCUCAUCGCGAAGCAGGAACCUCAUGUGGUUGAAAGUCUAUACGAACCAGCCGUCAAGAUCAAAGAGCCGGAGCCAAACAACGAGGACAUUAUCCCACGGAACAAGCCUGCCCGUCGCAACAAAGAUUCCAUCUAUGUGUUUGAUGCUUCUGUUGAUUAUGACGCUCCUAAGCCUUCCUAUGAAAUGGGAUAUGGCGCAAUGCAGCCGACAAGUUACUGGUCAGUUCCGGAAGUGCGAGACUUUCCGAUUUUGCUGGCGCAUUUUGGGCGCGAUUUUGAGGGUAUAUCGAAUUUCAUGAAGACAAAGACCCCGAUAAUGGUCAAAAAUUACUACCAACGCAAGAUUGAUUCCGGCAAUAAUGAGUUCGAGGAGAUUGUCAAGGUUACCGAAGUCAAGAAGAUGCGAGGCGAACCUACUGGCCCCUUGCCAACGCCAAAUCCUACCGUCAAGAGGCGCUAUGAAGCCACACCGUCUGCAGUAACACCCCGACCACUUGCUCCGCACACCGACAUGGAUCAUCCUGAAGAUGGUCGUAUGGGGCAGAAGAAGGUUGCGGCUAUAUCCCCGCCGCGUACUGUCCAAGAACUUGCUCCCGAUCGAAACGUGGGCAGGUACCAACCAUUGGCACAAGCUACUGGGGCACCUGGUACAAGUGUGAUCAUGUCGGAUGACCCGUUGCGUAGCCUGCGUCCAUCUGGAGCUCCUCCUGCGCCUCGAAGCUUCACUGGUCCCGGUCCCCGUAUGGGAUAUUUUACAGAAGAUCGACGCGAAGGACGAACGGCUUCAGGAGGCGCAUUGUCUGGAUCACGUGGUCCUGAACUGCAGCCAUCCCCUCGAGUCGCCCCAACUGUGCAGAGCCAUGAUGUCGGUCGGAUGGAGCCUUUGCCUCAGCAGUUGCGAGCACGACCGGAUUUCCACGGGCCUGGACAGUAUCAACCUGGACAACCUCCGGUUUAUAUGCAGGCUCAGCAAGGUGUACAACCAUCAGCUAUGCCAGGCUCACAUUCUCGAAAUGCUAGUCUGACUGGCGUAACGGCACCUGGCUCUCCAGCACAACAAUUGCGUCGGCAUACACCUGACAUUUCUCCGAUUCGUCGUUCUUCGUUCGGUCAGACGCAACCGCAGCCAGGAUACUAUGGAUAUGCUGCAGCCAAUGUUCUUCCAAAGACGGUUUCACCUGUCAAGGAGUUACCUGCACCCGUUGCUUCACAAGAGCCUCCUCGCCAGGUGCCUGCCAAGCGAUCUAACAUCAUGAGCAUUCUAAAUGACGAACCAGAAGAACUUCCACCUCGCAAACGUUUUGCAAGCGAGAUGGUCUCGUCGCCAAGGUUGGCCUAUGGUCAGACAGAUGCGGUUCCAGCGACCUCAAAUCUUCGCCACGAGGAAAAAGCAUCAUACUUUCCUGCUCAGCAACAAUCGUCGCAUGGGCCACCUCCUGGACGUCCGGCAUAUGAUUAUCCUCCGUACGCACCAUCUUUAGGCAACCCCCCCGCUGGCGGUCCACCAAAUCACGAUUGGAUGGCUAGGUUUGACCCGCGUAGUCAAACCCAGCAAUCUGCAGAACCCGUCCGGCAAGCUCCUCAGGGUCAGUAUGGUGCUGGUUAUCAAUCUUCGCAAGCUGGAUCAAACAGUCAACCCCCUACUCCUCAGAGCAAUGCUCCAAGCGGAGGUCAUCGUGGGUAUCAGGGAUAUCCGCCACCACACGGUCAAGGUGCACCUACACCGCCGCUUUUGGCGUCCAACCGUGAUCCUCGAGAUAUUCGCGAUCCUCGUGACUCCUACCGCCAAAAUGCCGCGUCUCCUCCCCCUCAUCAAAAUGUGAUGUAUGGUUCGCGCCAGGUGCAGUCACCGGCUCAGUCCCCUGCCCCUUCAUUAAGUAUGCCUCAGCCUCGUCAACCCUCUGGCCCUGGACCUUCGUAUGGCUCGUCGGCACAUCCACAGACGUCGUCACCUCAUCCAUUGGCGCCUCAGCMCCGAUCGAGCCACAGCGGUCAUCAAUCAUACCAACAGCAUGUGCAGGCGAUGGUGAGCGGACAGCAAGGACAACCUGCACCACCUUCUAGCCGACCAUCCAUUGGUAUGGCCGCCAACGCUCCAUCAACAUACGGAUCAUCAGCGCCUCCAGCGCAGCCGCAGCAGCAACAGUCUGGAGGUCCGUACCGCCCUGGCUCACUCGGCAAUCCUCUUCCACGACCUUAUACACCGCCCUCCGGUGUCCAUGCGCCUCCACCAGCUCCUACGCUAGGAGGGAUUCCGUAUCCUAACGGACCCGGCGGCGCACAUAUGCACCACAAUGCAUAUCCUCACCCGCACGAACCUCAACAUCCUAGUCAUCAUAGGGUAUAUAGUCAGGGAGGAUCCGCGCCUCCAUCGAGAUGA